AUGUCGAUUCCCUACGUUGUUCAUUUAGAAGAUCAAAAUGCCGUUGAAUUAGAUAUCGUUGGCGGGAAAGGAGCUAAUUUGGCAAUACUAUAUCAACGCCGAUUUCUCGUUCCCGAUGCGUUCAUUAUAACUACUCAUGCAUACGAGUUGGCACUCAAUAAGGAAGUCAAAUCGAUUUUCUCCAUACUCGACCGACUUGAUGUUGAUAAUCGAAACGAAUUAGAAACUGCUAGUCAUCACAUUAAAUCAACAAUAUGUAAUAUUACUUUACCGGAUGAUCAAAUUGAUUUAAUUAUAAAGUCUUACGACAGAUUAUAUCAGAAUACUAGUCAAAAUAAUUUCCAUGUGGCAGUGCGAAGUAGCGCAACAGCGGAAGAUCUACCGGAAAAUUCCUUUGCUGGUCAACAGGACACUUACCUACAUGUGACAAGAGAGACGUUAAUUGAAAAAGUCAAAGAAUGCUGGGCGUCAUUAUUUACUGUUCGAGCGAUUUCUUAUCGAAAUAAGGCUCGUAUUGAUCAUAAGCAGGUGAAACUCGCUGUUGUCGUGCAAGAAAUGGUUUCGAGCGAAGUCUCUGGCGUGGCAUUUACUGCGAAUCCAAUAACGGGACUACGAAAUGAAGUUGUGAUCGAUUCAACGUAUGGUUUAGGUGAAGCAUUGGUUUCCGGUCUAGUAACACCCGAUCAUUACGAGAUUUUAUUCGACGAAAAUCAACAACCGAAAAUUCGUGUGAGAAACGUUGGAGAAAAAACGAUUCGAAUCAUUGGUAAAUCGAAUGGUGGAACGGAUACAUUAGUAACACAAGAUCACGAGAGAAUUAAGGAAGCAUUAUCUGAUGAAAAUAUCCUUCAAUUAGCAGUAUUAGCCAAACAAGUCGAACGAAGUUACGAUAAUCGACCACAAGAUCUGGAAUGGGGUUUCGCUCAGGGAAAAUUAUAUAUUUUACAAGCUCGUCCUAUUACUACUCUAUUUCCGAUACCAAAACAUGCUUUCGGACAAUCGGGUUUACGAUGUAUGGUGUCAUUCGGUACUAUUCAAGGAUUUCUUGAACCUAUGACACCAUUGGGCGAAAGUACAGUUCGAACAAUGAUGGGCUCCUUUUUACGCACGGUUGGUAUUUACCAAAACGCCUCGCCUGAGGACGAUAUGUCCUCUGAUCCAUCACGACAUCAAAUUUUCAAAUCAGCUGCGAAUCGUCUCUGGAUCGAUAUUUCCGGUAUGUUUACAUCACCACUAAAGCGUAUCUUUGGGGUGUCAGUGGUUGAUACGGGUAUGAAUCAGAUUGUUCAAUAUAUAAAACGCUCGAAAACUUUCACACCACCUUCGAUAUUCUCAGCGAUGAAGUUUUACUUCUUCUUAAUUCUAUUCGUUGCUCCUGUGAUCAUCAAAUCGAUACGAAAUUUUAUCUUUCCUCGGUAUGGAAAACAGUUGUACAAGCGUAAAUUAGACGAAUAUCAUCAGUUCAUUGAUCAAGGAUUUGAUCCUCAGCGUAGCCAAAACUUUACUGAUUGCGUUAAUCAUUUCCAAAAUAUUUUCUCCAUAUUACCACCAUUGAUUGCACAAUAUGCAGUCUCAUGUAUUCUUCCAGCCAUUGUUUCUUUGAGACUUCUACAAAGAUUGGCGAAAGAUUCAGUCGAUGCAUUGGCAUUGACACGUGCUGUGGAGUCUAAUCCUACAACAGAAAUGAAUAUAACUCUUUGGAAGUUAACAGUGUCAAUAAAAAACAAUGACAGCACUCGAGAACUUUUUCAAAAUGAAUCAACAGAUCGUCUGGUAAAUUUAUAUCAAGAACGUUCAUUCGAGUCAAUGAUUCAAUUCGAAUUGGAAGACUUUUUUCGCAUGUAUGGCUGCCGUGGUAUCGGUGAAAUUGAUCUCGGGCGUAAACGUUGGUGUGAAGAACCGCAAAUAAUCUUUGAACAAAUAAAAAAUUAUCUGAAAAUUACCAAUCCUCUGAAAGCAGUUGACAAGAUUCAUGAACAAAGUCAACAGACUGCAUACGAAACGUACAAUCGUAUCAAACAGCAAUUCAAGUGUCCGUUCAUUCAAAAGCCAUUACUCAGCAUCCUAUUCAGUCGAUUGAGAAUCCUGUUCUCUGUGCGCGAAUCUCCUAAAUUUCAUGGCAUUAUUCAAACGUUCGGCAAGUGUCGUCGAGAACUCUUUCGUAAAGCUGAACUAGCUGUUGACGAACGAUUCAUCUCUCAGGUUGAUGAUAUCUGCUUCUUAUAUAUCGACGAACUCCACUCAUUAGCCGUGGAUACAGAUCAAAAGAAUUACAGUCGACGAGAACAUUGGCAAAAUCUUAUUACACAACGUCGAACAGAAUAUCACAAGCAAAUGUUAUGCAAACGAGUACCGUUGAUAUUACUUUCAGACGGAACUACGUACUAUGAUGCAACUACAGUACCGGAUGAAAAUUCCGAUAAGAUUGAAUUGAUGGAAGGAGAAUAUUCAGGUAGUCCUGUGUCUCCUGGUGUCUAUGAAGGACAAGUGCGUAUCGUUGAUGAUCCAGUCAAUUCACAUUUAGAGCCUGGCGAAAUCUUGGUUUGUACGGCUACAGAUCCGGCGUGGACGUCGCUGUUUCCAAUUGCUGGCGCGUUAGUUUUAGAAAUGGGGGGAAUGCUUCAACAUGGCGCUAUUGUUUCCAGAGAAUACGGUGUGCCGGCUGUUGUGGGCGUUGCCAAUGCAAAAACGAUAUUUCAUAACGGACAACUGAUUCAAGUCAAUGGAUCUAAUGGUCGCAUUAAAAUUUUAGCUAAAUAA